GGAUUGACAUAUAAAAGAGCUUAGUGACCAAUGGCUAUCGUGCAAAUCAUGAAAUAAGACAGCAAUAGAGUAAAUACUACAAAAAUAUAUUUAAAGUUGUCCAUUUACAAAAAGGUGUCAUAGAUAAAAAUUGUUGAAUAUUAUUAUUAAGAUUUAGUUUAGAAAUAGAGAUAUGGUUCAAAUAUAAGUUUCUAUUAUAGAUUAGUAUCUUUUAGAUUAUAUCUUUUAGAUUUAGAUAGAUAUAGUUUUGAUAUCUUUUAACAUCUAUAUAUAUUGUACAAGUUUAUCAAUGAAUAAGACACAAGAAAUAUUUUAUCAGAUUUAACAUGGUAUCUAGAGCCCUAGUUUUCCCUUGAGCGUUCUUUUUUUUUUCUGGUUCUGGGUUACAGCCGCAAGUGCUGCUGAUCCAUAUUUUUCAAGCUUGUCAAGUGACGACACAGCCACCCGGAAUCAAGCCAGAGGCCGCCGAUCCACCAUCUGCCGGAGUACCGCCGCCAAACAGACCUCCACGCGCCUUCACGCGCCGCCACACUUCCGCAGGUUCACCGGCGCGUGGGAUCCACGCGCGGCCUUACAGCCAGUUUUCCGGCGCCGUUCUGCCACGGUUGUGACCGGCCGGCCUUCCUCUUUCCGUUUUGGCCACUUUUGGUUUGUGGGUCUUCUGUUUUGACCCUGUUUGGACGUUCUUUGUGCCGUCUCUCAUCGUUAGUCAGGUUUGGUUUCUUUUAGGUGCUCUAUUUUGCACCUGUUUGGUUUGGUUUGGUUUAGGUGCUCUGUUUUGACCCUGUUUAGACGUCCUCUUUGACGUCUCUCAUCGUUUGCCCAAUUUUGUUUAUUGGUGCUUUGUCUUUUUGGUAUUUUAUUCCUCUUUUCCUCAUGGCUGAAGAGAAGAAGAGUUUGGUGUCUUAUGCUUUUUCCGGAUCUCCUAAAAUUACCUCGGAAAAGCUUGAUGGGAAGAACUAUUUGAGUUGGCGUGAUGCUGUUGACAUUUGGUUUGUUGGUCAGGGAUUAUCUGACCAUCUUUCUACCAAGGUUUCUGACAUUGAUGCUACUAAAAGAGACGAUUGGAAGAAAGUUGAUGCUCAGCUUGUAUCCUUGUUAUGGCAGUCGAUUGAACCGAGUUUGAUGCUUCACUUUCGCACUUACAAAACUUGUUACGACAUCUGGAAGACAGCUGAAACCUUUUAUGCUAAUGAUGUUCAGAGGCUUUAUGAGACAGCUCGAGGUAUAUCAUCUCUUCAUAUGACAGAUACAGAUCUGCCAUCCUAUCUGAAGAAGGCUCAAUCUCUUUGUGAUGAAGUCAAACUGAUGUUGGAAAAGGAUGAUGUAAAGGAAAUGAAAAAGAAAAUUGAUAAUCUGCUCAUGGUACUUGUUCUCCAUGGCCUCCAUAAAGACUAUGAAUCUAUUCGGAAUCAAACUUUGACAAAUCCUGGUAUCCCUACUGUUGCCGAGCUUAUUGGUCGUUUGAUUAGGGUUCCGCCACCAGAGAUUGAUUCUCACACAGCUUCUGAGUCAUCUGUUUUGGCCUCUAACUCCUUUGGUCGAGGUCGGGGUCGAGGUCGAGGUCGUGGAGGCAGAGAUGGAGGUAGAGAUGGAGGUCGUGGUAGAGGAAGAGGCAAUCUUCAUUGUUCCUAUUGCGAUAGGGACGGCCACACUCAGGAUCGUUGCUACCACAUAGUUGGGUUUCCGAACAAAACUGCCACUGUUGCUCAAUCUUCGGUACAUGCUACUGAACAAAAGCUCGAAUCUGAGGAACAUCGUCUUUCUCCUAGUGAAUACAAGGAAUUUCUUCAACUUAAGGCAGCUCAACAAUCCUCUUCCUCAGCCACCGUAGCGCAUGCUGGUAAUUCUACCCUUUGUUUCUCUCAAUCUGCAGGAUCGUGGAUUUUAGAUUCCGGUGCUUCUGAUCAUAUGGCUGGUAAUCCUUCCCUUUUCAAUAAUUUGACACCUCCUAAAGCACCUCAUAGUGUUACUCUUGCUGAUGGAUCUAAAGCACAAGUCAUGGGCAUUGGACCGGAGUACAGGGAAGACGAUUGGAGUUGGAUAUGAAUCACGUGGUCUCUAUUACAUGCAACCUCAUCUAUCAACACUAUGCGCAGUCUUUGAGUCUCCUGAUCUUUUACAUCGUCGGUUGGGUCACCCAAGUCUUGA